AUGACUUCGGAAAAUUCAUCUAGACUCUCUCUUGAUGCGAAAGUCAAUUUGUUCAAAAACCAAAUGAAGCCAAUCUUACUUUCUUUUUUGUCUCCACCACUUGUAAGCAACUGCCAACAGUCUCGUACAACUAUGAGUGAAUUUUUAAAGAAAUUCAAAGACCAGGAAGACAGUUUAAAGUCAAAAGUAGGACCAAUAAUGAUUGAAUAUCUUGCAGAUAUCAUAAUCAUGUUCAUUGAGCAAAAUGAGACUCGUCUCAACUAUACUGGAAGUCCGGCAACUGCCGCAUUCCAAAAACAAUGGUCAGACAGAAUGGCCGUGUUUCGGAGUACCCAACAGUUCCAUAAUGCUCCCCUUGCUCUGCAAAUGCUGUCCGAUUUUACCGGGAAAUUCAAAGAAUUAUCGGAAAAAGAUCAAGGAUGUCUCUGGAACUUUUUUAACACUCAGAUUGUUACACUGGCUAGGCUUUUGAUUCACGAAAAAGAGUCAGGACGAAUCAAAAUGUCGGAUCAUUAUUACACGGAAUUGAAUAAACUAGGAGAGAAGGAUCAGCAAAACGAAAAAAUUAUAGAGGAGCUGAAAGCCGCAAUGACAACAUCUAAUAGCAGCAUCGCUGAUGAGAAGAUCAGAUUUUGUAAACUAGAACAAGAAAAAAGUAAUCUGUGGUCGCAGUUGAGCAAAACGCAAUCACGUUUUGGCAUGCAACGUGAGGAGAUUAAGAAAACAAAGUUCAAAAUGUCAAAAUUGGAAGAAGAAGUGAAGAGACUUUCUGAUUUGCUUGAUCAGAAAAAUAAAGAAAUGAUCAACUUGAGACAUGCCACUGAAUGUUACAAGAAUGAAUUAGAAGAGAAUCUAGAACAUGUGGCAAAGCAAGCUGAGCAACUGAAGAAUGAAAAUCAAGCACUCAAAGACACUAUGGCUUCAUUGAAUAUCAUCAAGAAAACCACAUCAGAAUCAAAUCAGACUGAGGUGCAAGAACCGAAGAACCACAUGGCUGAUAAUCUCUGUAUCAUAAAACAAGCCAGAGAUCAAAUUGAAAAGAAGACAAACGAGAUUUUUGUCGCUUAUGAUAAAUUUGAAGAAACUGGAACUGUCACACGAAAAAAUGAACAAAUCACAAACCGUGUUCAAGUAUUCACCAAUAAAAAACAUAACUCAAAUAAUCUGAGCAAUAACAUCCACCAGUUUAAAGGUCCCGAUUCUUUCAACUCUAAGGACAACUCGAUUUGUUCCCAAGUUUAUGAUGAUGAUAAUUCUGAGCCACCAAUAAAAAAGUUCGGAAAAAAAUCGAACCGAUAA